GUCUCAUGCGGGCCUUGCAACGGCAUCUCAUACUCAAGACCCAAGACAAAGAAGAAACAGCAACAAAAGACGUUACCUGUUCUUUUUCUAUUUCUCCCGCUGGCUUUUAUUUCUAUCACCAAAAUAAGAAUCCAUACAAAGACCUCUCCCUUUAUUUUCACAUCACACUCAUAAAGUCAUCAUAACAACAAAAGCCCUUUGUUUUCAUCGCUUCUCUAAGCCAAAAACAACUCCACCACCGCCUACCACAAAGAAAUCACAAUGCUCAGACGACCUGCAACAACUCUACACAUCACUUCAGAGGACGUCGCUUCUUACGAGGACCGUCGUGCGCGUGAAGCCCUCGUCGCAGCACAACAAGCGCGAAGAGCCGCUGCUGUGGCGGCUGCUCAGCAGAGUCAGGCUGAUAUGGAGGGCGUCCAUCAGGCGUUGCAGGAGAGGGAGAGGGAUGAUGAUGUUCGAAGGGUGAGGGAGGAGAGAAUCGGUGUUUCGAGGAGGAGAUGAGUGGAGGGAGUGGUUACGAGUUAUGCCUAUGAUGGGUUUGGGAUUGAUAACGCGGCUCAUGGCUCUUAGCCGUUUUGCAUGAUGAAAUAUAUUUUAUACGUAUAAAGCAGCUCUGCGUGAGCGCUAUGUCGCCUAUUAAGCAAAGCCUGCUUUUCCAAGAACAUCGAUAUGUUCUCCU